GCUGACUCAGACGGUCGUUGGUUGCCAGUUGAGCAAUACGCGUGUGUGUAAUCGGGAGGGUGGUGAUCUGCGCUGCGCUGCGUUGCGCUGUCUAAGCGACGAACGAAACACGAUGCAUAGUGAUCGCCUUAUUUUUUUCGGCAAAGUAACCGUGCGUGAUCCAAGUUAAGUGCCUAGUGCCUGUUAAGUUCCAUCCCUAUCAAGUGAGCGUGUGUGAGAUUGCGCCGGGGAAAACGGAAAAGACACGACACCCUUCACACACACUCCUAGAACGGACCAGAAUUCAACAGUUCCGGUGGGUUAUGCCACCCGGAUGGAUCGUGUGAUCGGUAGAUGACGAAUGUGUGCCAUCAUUGUGUGGGUCUUCUCGGAUGGCUCUGCUCUACCGAACGUUCCGUUCCGGCUGGGUCGUUUUCAUUCAAACUGCUGUUGCUGCUGCACCCUAUCCGCCCGAGAGCGGUGCGCGUUUCAUAACGUUACGGAACAGUGAUCACGGACCACGGUGACUACUGUGUUGUAUGUGUUUGUGUGUGGUUUCUGGUGGUGUGCCGUGCCGUUCGUGUGUGAUUGCCGCAGUUUUUCGGUUCGAAAUUCCGUUUGCUAAACGCACUAUCCCGGAAUGCCGAACAGGUUGCGGAGGUCGUCAAGUACACUGUGACUAUAUAAAAAAAACCACGGGACUGUUCUCGGUCUGUUGACUACCUUCAGGGGCCGACGGGUGGAGGUUUGACGCGGCCAUCGAAGUUGUUGAGGUGCAUUCGUGGAGAACAAUCGUUCCUUGAAUCGUGGAUUACUGUUGUUUCCCAAAAAAACAACUGACUCUCAGCCGGGUCUCGGUUGGCUUUGUACCCAUUGUUGAGUGAGAAAAACACAAGGUUACGGCGGGGGCGGCUGCGAGUUUAGUCAGCUUUUCCGCUGCCGUAUUGAUGUAUUGUUAUCGCUGUUAGAUUGUUAAAAAUAAAAAAAAAGAAUUAUCUCCACCGGUUCGGGGUGGUUUCGGAGGAAAAUUUGCAGUCAGUAAUCAUCAGCUAAACGAGAGCAAAAGUAAGAGAUCCAUGGGCUGCUCGAGUUGAGAAAAUUAGAUGAUUGUCGUUAAUUGAAUUAGUGAUUGUGUGAGAAGCCAAGUGAAUGAGAAGGAAAUCGCCUAUUUGAAUUGUUGUUCCCUUCUUCUUUGUUUUUUUUUCGGGGUUGGCGUAGAAACGAAAGGUGGUAAAGUGGUCAUAAAUCCAUUUCAACGAGCCGGCGCACCGAGAGACGGUGCAAGCCGAACGGAAAAAAAGAGUUCGAAGAAGAUCAAGUGAACUAGUGAUGCUGUUGUUUUCCGUGUUUUUCCUAUCGUUUCGGAAUGAUUACCGCUGGAUCUUAUGAGUGAAGUGGAACACAGGGCCCAAGAUUUGGCUGAGUCUCGAGCUUCCGAUGGAGUUUCGAGAUCAAUGGCCUGCACACUUGCUGAAUCGCGACAGCGAUGACGAGAUUUCUCCUUGUCGUACUGAAUCCUUUAAAGCAUUGGAAAUCCCGGAUGAUUCUUCUGUACUUGGCUGUCUGUACCUUUGAACUAUCAUCCAACUACCAAACUAAACACUAGUUAGGAUAUUUUAUCGCUAGUCUAAGGAAGACAGAUCCCAUUUCUGAUUGAUUGGAUUGUAGUGUGUAGUGUUGUAGUGUGUGCGGUUCAGAAAAUAAGCUUCCCGGAACGAAUAAUUUCGCGGGGCAUUUUGCGUACCUGGUAACGGGUUAACCUGAAAAAAGUGGAGUUUGGAUAUCUUUUUUUCCCCUUCAAACGUAACGGAGAUACAACGGACGCGUGGAUGUGAUUUCUGAAUGAGUGACCUGUGCACACUGGGCUCGCGACCUGGUAUGGAGUGUGUGCCAUUGAGAUCUCCAGCAGACCCGUACCACUAUCAUCACGUCACCGAUCAAACAAAGUCAUUACAGGAAUUGCAGAAUGAAGUCGGCGCUCUAUUGGAAUUCCGCGAUCUGGUUAUCGAGACCUUUCCCGAUCUUAAAACAAAGAUGGCAUCGUCCGCUGCCAACAGCACACUCACCGGGAUCCCGUCGUCAUCACUGGCGUCCAGCAGACGAGAGUGGGAACCCGGAAUACGGACUCGGCGGAAAGUGACCCCGAAAGAUGCAUCCGCCGAUAUCCAGCAGCACUCGUCGUCGCUGACAACCCGCAGCAGGAGCAACUCGCACAGUGGCAAGAAGGAACCAAAGAGCGGUGAGGGUAACAAUGGCAGCGUGAUACAGGAUUCGGGUUUCUCCACGGAAACGUCCUCGUCGAAGGAGACACACAGUGCCUCGUCGACGAGUGGUGGCGUGCAGGGAACCAUCGUAUCAAAUACAACCAAUCGACUAACUGUAGAUACCGAAGAUGAACUGUGGAAUUUGCUAGAUGUGAUACAUAGGAAAAGCAAUCGGCUCCGCGAGGAAGUGGACGCGCUGCAGCAACUGGAGCGGGAGAAAUGUCGAACAAAUCAGCUAAACAAUAAUAAUCACACGAACAUCGUGGGCAGUACUAGUAGUGGUAGUAGUAAUAGUAGUAGUAAUCUUAUUAAUACGCAUCAUAGUAGUAGCAGUAGUAGGGACGGUGGCAACCUUCCUCACCACGCCCAUCAACCGCCGGGUGUCCCGAGUGUCCACAGUGGCAUCACAGCCAGCGGCAGUCUAGCGAAAACCUUUCAAAAUCAACUCCUAGUGGACGCUGUAAAUAAGGACGAUGUACAAAUUUUACGCAAGGAACGGGACCGACUGUUUGACAAACUGUCCGAGUACGAGGCGGAAGCGAUCGCCAACCGGAUACGGACUUCGAAGAUGCAGGAUGAGGUGGACGCACUUGCGUCCGCGAAGCAUGAACUCGAAGAUCAGCUGAAGGCGGCCCUAAGUCAGAAACUAGAACUUAACACUAAGAUUCAUGAUCUCCACCAGCAGUUUGUAAAUAAAAGUGCGCCUAGUUCACCUGAGUCAAUCAACAAUCGCCACCCGCUGACUGCUGGCCUUCGGAAACAUUCGACUGAUUCUACCACCACUAUCAUUGCGAUACCUCAUCUAUCGUCGUCGUCACCGUCGUCGUCCGGCGCGUCCGUUCCGGGGCAGCACCUACUGAAAGCCCGCUUCAAUCAAUCCAGCUUUGCGCCCGUCAAGAGCGUUAGCAGUACGAAAAUAUCCGUCCCGGCGAUUGUGCACGACGAUCCCGGACAGGAUACGACUAGUCCUACGGCAACGACACCUUCCUCGGCGUCCAGCGAUGAAACCACCAACAACACAUCGUCGGCAAGGCUUGUGUCGAACCAGAGCGGCGGUGCCGUCGCCGCGCUUGGCAAGCUGGAUGGACUAAUCAGUUCACCGGCCAGGCUGAGCAAGGUUCGCAUGACUGACUCCAAGAAGAUUGCCGCCAUCCUGCUAGAGACGAACAUCGUAGAACUGCAACGGCAUCUGCUCACUGUCACCGUGCAGAAUCAGGUUCUGCAGCAACGACUGGAUCAUGCUACUCGAUCGAGGAUUUUCCUUAGCAAAAAGUUGGACAAAUCGAAGGAGGAUAUUGACGAUCUAAAGUUUAGGCUUGAGGAGAAAACCAUUGAACUGGAAGGUACCAAAGCUCAGCUGCGAGUGCUCGAGUCCAAGCAGAACGGUAAGUCAUCCGGUUACAGUCCGGAGCAUAGCCAGCACCACCACCACCAACAUGCGACCAAUGCUGGAACGAUCGGGAGAGGAUCCACGGUAACGGUGGUAACCACAUCGGCCGGUGGUAUCGUCAGUCAUCAGCAUCGAUCCGCGUCUACCUCGGAACUGGGCCAGCAGUUAUCGCCAGUUCAUCAGCACCACCAUCAUCUUCAUCAUCAGCAGCAGCAACGAGACUUGGCCCUCCGGUUGCAACAGGCUCAGGUAUCAACGCCCAGCAUGAAGGCAAUGACGCCACUGGCGAUGGAUGAAAUUCUUCAUCACAGUAGCAGUACGGAGUCGGCUCAAGACCAGGCCGAGCGAGACUCUGCCAGUAGACUGCAGUGCCCGGAAACUCCCCGCAGGAGACCGAGCAAAAUACCGCUACCCGGGACGAAGGGCUACGUAGCUCCGAAACCUCCGACCGGUAGAAAUUUCUCAUCCUCCCAGCAGCAGCAGCAGCAGCACUCUCGACAGGAAAAAAGUACUCCUUCUCCUUCCGGUUCCUUAACCAACAAAUCGUUAAACAAAAGCACUGGUAGUCUGUACGUGAAAUCUACCGGUCCAAGUUCGAUUACCAGUGCGAGUAAGGUUAACAAAGAUGCAAGUCUAAAUCGACCCGAUUCGGCUCAGAGUUGGCGAAGAGAGACAUCGCUCGAAAAAAGUCGCAGCUCGUCGAUUCCCGUUUCCAAGGGAAGCAGUAGUGGUGGCUCACCUGUGAUCAAACAAUCACCGCAACCCGUAGUGAGCAGUUCGCCGCAACCGAAGGCAAAGCGUGAUUCUCUCACGACACGCGUGAAAAACUUGGACUCCCUAUCGCGGCUCCAGACGGCAUCGGCGUCGACCGGCAAUCUGAGCAAAUCCAGCUCGAAGAAAGAUCUCAGCUCGAGCUUCACCACCGGUCAGUUGCGCGAUCGGAAACAAAGUGCUAGCGCGAUCCGUCGCGUCAGCAGUGUUUCGAUCGGACGGGGCGGUUUAUCCGUCGAGCCGAACAACAAUGGUUCGUCCUCCUCGGCGGCGAUCGGCUCGAACGACAGCUCCGGUAAUGCCAGUAAUUCGACCGGCACCACCGAUAGCGGAAAGGCUCGAAGAACCAAAACGUUCCGUCUGGCAAAGCCUACUCUGAUACCACCACUAGAGGUCACCAGUGAAACGACAACAACAACAACAACAACAACAAAAACAGCAGCAGCCAGUGUAAAGAAGAAUCCACCGCGUCUCAGUAAUGCUAGUACCGGAAACAAACUCAACAAAAACAGUGUCCUUCCGCUCAUUCCACCGAUUUCACCCGCAGAACCGAUCCCAAUCCGUAAGUCGGAUCCUGCUACCGUUCCGGCUCUAAUCAUAACCUCAUCGUCUGCGACCACCGGCACUCGUAGCAAUUCGCCACCGCCUGCGUACUCGUCUUCGUCGACCGAAUCGUCGGCCGAAUCGUCUCCAUCAUCGGUGACCACCAUUACCACCAUCGAGUCCCAUUCCUCGGUUGGACCGACACCGCGCGGAUUGAUCGGAGAGUAUCUGGCCGCCAAAAGUCGUAAUCAGCAAAUUCCGCCGCCGAUCUUUAGCCCGACGGUAACGUCAACCUCAACCACAACCGCUAACGACGAACAACAGAAACAGCUUGCCUUGGCCUACAAACAUCCGAUUCUGCUGAUGGAUGACGAUGAGAACGGAUACGGUAGUGUGCUGUCUAGCGUUGGAAAUGAGCGCAACCGCGAAGUCGAGGUAAAGCUGGUCGAGGAUAACUCCAUUGAACUGGUUGAUGCGUCCAACGAGGGCGAGAAGGAAUCGUUGAUUGUUCCGAAACCGAAAAGAAAUGCAUUCCACUCGUCACCACCGAAAGAGGGUUGUCCGCCCAAAGGGGGAGUGGAAAUUGACGACGGGAACUGUAGAUUGGUGGGGAAAGUCAAUCCUAACAUUUUGAAAACUUGGGAACAACUGAAGGGAGGUGGAAUCUGUGAGCACAAGCGAAAAAACUCCAGAAAUAGUUUGAUCACGGUGACUUCAUCGGAGAACAGUGGUGGCGACAAACAGAGCUGUCUGAUUUUCUAUCACAACCAGUACAACGUGUACGAGAAGCCGAGUGAUUUCACCGUGACACGAAUUCAGCAUGAUAUCGGCCCGGCAAUGGUCCCAGAGGACCUAGGUUCUACGAUAGAUCAGCGCUCUGUUUCGACCGCUACUCUUUCGAUGGUGACAUCGUCGACGACGACGGAGACAAGCUCGGAAGGUUGUUACGAUUUCUACGACAGCAUUGACGCUGGUGGCGGCGGCAGCAGCAGCAACAACAGCAACCGUGCCGCCGUGGUGGUGAUGGAUGACAUCGAGGAAGAUGGCGACGAGUAUGCUAUGAUGGCCGCCGGGGAGGGUUUGGCCGAUUUCGCCUCACUGGAUCGGAACAAACUGAUGUGGUCGAUCGACGUCGAAUGAUGGGAGGAGUAUUACCGUGUGAUCCGUCAAGUAUCAUGGAAGCAAGCAAUCAGUAUUUUUGACAGUAUGCUCGUGAGAGGAUUGAGUGUGGGAGGGACAUUGGUCUAUUAUCAUUUUCACUUAUUUGUCGGUGGACGUAGAAAACGUUUUCUAUUUUUGUUUUUCAUAUAACUCUUUGUUCAGACCUAGAUCUAGACCGCAAGCUUGGAAAUCUAGUCAGUGUAAUUUUUGUUCGGAUAAAUGAACAUUUGGAUUUGGGUGAAAUUUCAGACAAACAUUCAGUUCUAAGAGGCAGUGUAUCCAAAUAUUCUAAUCAAAUACACCUUCGCUAUACAGACUGGAGUGCACAGUGACGAACGUUGAAUCUGGUUUUGUAUUCUUUGACUAUUUCAAGGUCCAGCCUUAGAUGAAAAUUUAUCAAUUCCGUAUUCGCUCAAACAUUUCCAAAUAUUAAGUUCUUUUUACUCAUUAGAGGUGUUGCCUGCAGAAAAGGUAUUUUCGGUUUGAAGGCACAUUUUUUUACUAUGUUAUCAUAUACAAGCAAGUACAGAAUGAUAAAUUAUGUUUUGUUAAGUUGAGUUGAGUUUUGAACAGCACUUAUAAGAAAUAUUCAAAUUUACAGACAAAUCCGUAGACCUGGCAUCUCUGGCGUUAUGUCAAAAUCUGAGUUGCAAUUUGUCAGUCACGUCGAAUGAUCUUGACAGGCUGACCAAAACCACCGUAAACUAUAAUCCAUACGAUCCUCUUGCCAAAAACAAGUAAAAUUUAACAACAACAACUAAAAUCUGUACUGUGGAAGUGACUGUCAAAUGAGAUACGAUCGAUAUGACCAAGUGGAAGUAUAGUCAGUCAAUGACAGGCGGCUCUUCUUGUUUUCUCUCUCAUUCUCCUAUUGCCUGUUGAGUGUUGAAGUAAAAAGAAAAAAAAACCAAAGAGAGUACUAAUAUGAACAUAAAUUGAUAAAUAUGUUAUUUGGUUUUAAUUGUCGCUUAAUGUCUACUAUAUCGAUUUUGAUUGAUUCUUUUCGGCAACCAUUAACUGAGGGAUACGAAAGAUAUGAAAUGAAAAGACGGAUAGCUAUUCUAGAUUGAACCAGUUAUAAAUUUAGAACGGAAAAACUAGCCAAGGCAGGCAUGAAAGAAAUGAAUUCUAUUUUACCUUCUACUUCUUUCUUCUGAUCAUGCUUAUAUGAGCCUGCCUAGGCAAGCUUUUCCGUUCUAAAUUUAUAACGGAUUCAAUCUAGAAUACCUAUCCGUCUUGUCAUUUCAUAACUUUCGUUUCUCUUAGUUAAUACUUGCCGAAAAGAACCAAUCAAAAUCGAUAUAGUAUAAAUCGAUAAAGUUCAUUAUUCUUUGCAAAAAGUCAUCGGACUUGAAGGUUAUUGGAGUAAAAGAAUGUAUAUAUGCGGCUCAAUUAUUAUUUAGUCACAUCGUAAUCAAACAGUGACAGGAGAAAUGAAGAUAAUAUCAAUUGCAUCGGCAGUCAAUGAGCGCCCUGACGAGUGAAAUGUCGAGAGAAUUUUAGGUUUGACAUACUGGCUCUCAGACACUCAAUACAUGGUGAUUUUCAGAGAAUGGGUGGCAGCUAUCCAAUGACAUAAGAAGCGGAUUUAUCGUAGAUCUUUUCUACGGAUCCGCGGACGAAUCUCUUGACAUCUACGGAUUUAUUUCUCCUGAAAUCUCCAGAUUUCUCAUUAUGCCUCUAUAUAUCAAUAGACAAUUACAAAAAAUAUUGUUAAAUUAUCCCCAAAAAUUUUCGGGAUAGUGAAGUGGAAAAAUAAUCAUACAGCUAUUCCUCAACGAUCACUCAGUUUUGGGAGCCAGCACAUAUGGUUCAGAACUCGAAGUUUUUCAUUUACCACAGAGACAAGUGGCAACACUGGAUAUAAGCUGUCCAAUCUAUCGUACAAUGUUGCUAGUUGAUAGCAUAUAUGUAAGGUAAAAAUUUCGAAUAUCUUCAGACAGGGUUGGAUGUAAAUCUGAAAUAAUGUCUGCAGGCUUCAUUUCUCUAUAAAGUAUUCGACACUGGUUUGGCGCGCAAAAAAAAACGGUGUAGCCAUUUCAAAAGUCUGUAAAUUUUGACGAAAGUCUACGAAGAGCUCGAUUUUCAAAAGUGCAACAAACUUUCAAAGUGCGAAAAAGUGCAACAAAAAAAGUCGGCAGAUUUGCAGACAAACCGGCAGACCUGGCAUCUCUGGUUGAUAGUGACAGAUAUCAUCUGGUCAAAAUCCUAUGUGAACAUAUUGACGGUUGACUUAAGUGGUCUUUACACGAGACAAUGUUAUUGUCAAUACAAGGAUACUUUUGAUUAUGUAGUGGAAACUUCAUCAGAUUGACGAAAUACAUUGCCAAAAAAUCAAAACAGCUCAUCAAUCCAACAAUACUUUCUAUCAAAAAAAAAAACGGGAAAACUGUUAAAUAUGUGCAAUGAACUCUUCUCUUAAUUUUUCACUAUUCAGUUGCACUUUUUCAGGUUCCAAAAGCUUGAUUUUUUUACGAAAAAUGUGGACCCAAAUUAUCAAGCUGGCAAUACUUUGGAUUGACAAUAACAUUGUCACGUGUAAGGGCCGCUUUUGGUCAGUUCCGUAUCUUCCGAUUCUUAAUAUUUGUUAGAUUAUUCGUUACGAGUGUUUUCCAGGCGGCUCGUAAGGCCAGUACCAACUGUUAGUUUUUGCACAAUGAAUUAAGAUCAAUAUUACCACCACAUAAUAAAAACUUUUUCUUCCUCUUCUACUAUAAUUUUUCGAAUCAAUUGGCUUGUUUUUAUAAGAAAUCGUUAAAAAGGUGAAGUAAUUAAAAAUGUUUCUCCCGCUUUGACAGCUUUUGCUGAACGCUGGUCUCACCUGCUGGUUGUCGUAUGUUCGAGUCCCGACCUGGAAGGAUUCUUAGUGUCAGUAAGAUUGUAGUACUAGCCAUACAAUGAUUCUGUACGCUAAGAUUCGAUUACGAAAUCUGUUGAAACAGAAAGGCCAAAUUCCACAAAAGGAAUGUAAUGCCAAAACUGAAAGUAUCAUCUCUAAACAAGCAGCGCCUCUACAUUUCAUUUUAGCGUCAUUGUGCCGAACGAGUGAUACUUUUGUGUGGAAUGGAAAAUUUCGCAUUCCAGCUGUUUUUUUAAGGAGGACGAAACUAACAUUAACAUGUCGUAGAAUUGUUGGUUUAUCUUCAAAAGGUAUGAAAAUUCUUCCACUUUUCUUCUUUACCCACUGAAUAAAUUAACAUAAUUUUUCGAUUUGUUUGCUUCUAUUCCUUCUGUAUGAAUAAUGAAGUUACGCCCUCCUACAUUUUUCGUGAAAAUGGUUGGUUUCCGCGACUAAGACAAAUCUGCGGAUAAUUUUAUCGUUUCUUUUAUUAUUUCCAGUAGUGGUAAGUCCGGAAACCAAUUAUAGUAACGAAAAGUAGAAAGUUUUGUCCUUCCUUUCUAGCAAAUGAAGUAUCGUUUUAUUUGUCGGAAUCAGACACGGAGGGCGAAAUUUACGUAAACAAAUUGGAAUGGCAGUUUCGUCCUAUUAUACCUCUUAGUAUUACUAUGAUUGAGAUUUUUAUACAGGGUCCGGCACUCGAAGUGUAACCAACUUCAGACCGCUCGCGCAGCUGACGCACGGGCAUCAGCUCUCUAGAAAUUUGCUAAAUGACAGUUCGGAGUUGUAUUGUUUACAAGCGCAAGAAAGCAUUUUGCCAAAAGUGAAGUCGAAAAAAAAAUCUUCACUUGAGAGAGCGAAGGAGUUGCUUCGUUUGGCCGAAAGCGGUCAAUUUCCGAACAUUGUAUUUUCUGACGAGAAAAUUUUUCCAAUUGAGCAAUUCGUAAACUCUCAAAACGAUAGGGUUUACUUGACCGACCGUUCAUACGAGAAUUUGAGUCAUCGAUUGGCCACCAGGAGACAGCACCCGCAACAGAUAAUAGUUUGGGCCGCUGUAACCGCAGAUGGGCGCUCUCCAAUCGUUUUCAUCGAGCCUGGCGUCAAGGUAAAUGCGACAUAUUAUCGGGAAAGUAUUCUGGAGGUUGCUUUGAAGCCGUGGGCAGACAAACAUCUCGGUGGCAGACCAUGGACGUUUCAGCAGGACUCGGCACCGUCUCACAAAGCUCGAGUGAACCAAGAAUGGCUGAAAAACAACGUUCCGAACUUCAUCACGUCCACACAAUGGCUCUCGAAUUCACCAGAUGCGAAUCCAAUGGAUUAUUCUCUUUGGGCCAUUUUGGAGAGCAAAGUCCGAACUAAAAGAUACACCAGUCUCGAGGCACUGAAAAAAGUUAUUGUCCGCUAGUGGGCCUAAAUACCUGCAAGUCACAUUCGGCAACUUGCGAUUCGUUUUUUGACCGUCUCAAGGCCAUAGUCAAGGCAAAAGGUGGUCAUAUCGAGCAAAAGUGAAUUGAUUCUGAAUUUUGUAUUAUUUUUACACAUUUUGUACUUUGAAUUAAGUAAAAGUAAUUUUCCAAACUGAAUUUAUGGCCUUUUUAAUUGGUUACACUUCGAGUGCCGGACCCUGUAGAAUCAAAAUUACUAGGCAAAAUUGCAGGAUGUAAAAAUUGCAAGUCACCUCACAUUAAACAGAUUUAUACAAAUAUCGCUCCUUGAUGCUGGGAACACAUACAGGGUAAUCUUUUUAGUUCUUUUCACUUUGGAACACGUUUUUAACAGGCACUUUCUCGUCAUUUUUCAAUUUUUAAUUCGCAGUCGCAAAACAAAACAAGUACACGGCAACUGUCAAAGAUGAACUUGAUUCAUCGGCAGUUCAUUUGUGUUGUCAUCGUGUUGGCAGUUGCCGUGUACUUGUUAUGUACUUGUACUUGUGUACUUGUACUUGUUUGACAGUUGCCGUGUACUUGUUAUGUUUUGCGACUGCAAGUUAAAAAUUGUAAAAAUGUCGAAAAAGUGCCUGUUAAAAACGUAUUCCACGGUGAAAAUAACUAAAAAGAUUGCCCUGUAUGUGUUUCCAGCAUUAAGGAGCGAUUUAUGUAUGAAAUGAAUCUGUUUAGUGUGAGGCGACUUGCAAUUUUUACAUUCAAACGAUGAACUUCUGAUGAACUUUUAAACUGUAAACAAGUACACGUCGACUAUCAAAAAAAAAUUCAUUCUGUUCAUUUUUGUGAGGUUAUGUCAUGUUCGUGCAAAACCUAAUAGCGAUGUGUAGCUCAAACUAUAAGCUUUUGAGCGCCAUCUAAAUGUUGAAGCUUCAAGCUCGAACACUGAUACAUGUUUCACGAACAAGAUGGUGCAUUUCGUUUUAUUUUCAAUUCUUCCUACUGUGAUCCGAAGUUUUCUAUUUUCUAUUGCUGUUUAAAGUUUGGAAACAUCCAUAUCAAAUGAGUAAUGGGCAAUGGAUGUUUUGUAUUGUUUUAAAAUUUGAGCCAAUUUUUGUUGACAACAAAACAGUAUAAAACUCUAAAUCAUUUUCAUCAUCUUCAGGUCGAAAAAUGUCAGAUUCCUAAUGAAAGCAUGUGCAGAUAUUUUAGUUUCAGAAUCUUUUUUUACAACUUACUGUUGAAAAACUACCGCAUACUUUCGAGUUACCGCAGCCGCGAAAAUUCAAAUUGGAUUAAUAUCUUCAAUUAAACAAACUGUUAAAGGAUUCUAGCGUUAGGGAGAAAAGUUCGACCCAUGUAAAAAUUCUAAACCAAAGUUCAACGUCGAUCACUGUGGCAACACUUCAGGAAGUAACACCGUCCACUUUUGCAUACCAAAAAACCAAAACCCCAUAUCUUAUCAAUUGCUCAAUAGUGAUUUGAUGAAAGCAAAUCACCGAAUUGAUGCUCGUGCGUAUUAACUAGAUUAGAAAAGAAAUUUAAAAAAAAACUGCUAGCACAGGUUCAAAAUCACUGUACAAAUCAGUGCGGAAUCAUAUUUAUUUUUGAUAACACCUAACACAAAACGAGAAUCAAACUACUCAGAGAAAACGAAAUAAUACAUUCCAAGGUGAAUGGGAAGAAUGGAUAAGUAAGCAAAACAAGAUUUUAAACACACGAAAAUAUAUUUUUCUAUACCAACCAAUCAAAUCUCCCCUAAGACUUAAAGGUUAGAUCGGUACUGUACUAGUAGCGUUCAUUAUUAGCAAAAAUGCUGUACUACUUUUUAAUUGAUUCUUUGCAUAGAGACUACUUAUAAACAAAUAAAAGUACUGAACUAGUAACUAUCCAAACCACUAUCAGAACCAGCAUUCAUUGAAUAGAAAAAGCAAAAUCUUUUGUGCUGUGAUAAAGAAAAAUCGGCAAGAGCAUACAAAAAAAAAAAACAAACUUGAGAACAACUAAUUCUGGAUCUGAUAGAAAAUAAUGUGCUUGAAACUCUUAGGCAAACUUGGUUCUGAUUGUGAUUUUCAACAGCUACUUGUAGUGACAAGCUACUAUUUAAACCAGUACUAACUAAACUAUUGACUAUUAUUAUAACGACAUCACAAAUCAAACAAAAAAUACGAAGAUCAUUAAUCAGCCAAGAUGAAACGCAACCACGAAACAGGAUGCAUCCUAUCCCGAUCGCUAGCGGGUAAUAAUUUAUUGCAAAUUUGAAGGUUAGAGACAGGAUGCGCGCCAGCAAUGGUCGGUGGUCCACGUGGAGCAUUGCACUUCCACACACCGGGAAGGUUGCAAACAAUCAGAAAUUAACCUAUAACCGAUCCGCGAGACAACAGACUACUGCUGCAUAAAAAUAAACCUAUUCAAUUUCAUUAUGUUAUAAAUAUGUGUAAAUACUAUGGAAAGUUAGACCGUGUGAGGGAACUGUAGGAAGUGAACAAAUGUUUGAAAUAAUGAUAAUAGUAACUAUUAUUAUUACGAAUAUUAUUAUGAUUUGAAAAAUACAAAAAACUGGAAACAUGUUAUAUAUUUCAAUUAAAUUAAACAAUAAAGUGAAAGUAAAAAUA